GCCCAUGCAAGCGGCGAGACUCCAGUAGCAAAUGCUAAAUGAAACACAGUAACCUCAAGAGCGUUGUUUGUUUACUGUUAUGGAGACAAUCGUACUGAAGGAGUUCUUAAAUUAGGAGCAGGUGAUGAUUAUGACUGGAACGAGAUUUGGGAGGGUGCUGCAGCUUACCCUCGCCAUUAUCAAACCGGACGCUGUAGCUCACCCUCUAAUAAUGGAGGCUCUUCAUCAAAAAAUUCUGGAGAACAACUUCAUCAUUGUUAGGAAGAAAGAUCUGAUCUGGAGAAAAAAUGAUUCUGAGAGGUUUUAUGCUGAGCAUGAAGGACGUUUCUUCUACCAACGUCUAGUUGAAUUCAUGUCGAGUGGUCCAAUGAGAGCGUACAUCCUGGCCAGGGAGGAUGCUAUUACCCGCUGGCGGGAAUUGAUGGGCCCUACUAAAGUGUACAGAGCACGGUACACUUCACCAAGCACCCUACGAGCCCAAUACGGGCUGACCGACACCAGAAACACAACUCAUGGUUCAGAUUCACUGGAAUCAGCCAAGAGAGAGAUCGCCUUCUUCUUUCCUGAGUUCAGUGUUCAGCAGUGGUUGGAGGUGGACGAGCCAUGUUUUAGGACAGGUCAAAUGGAAUAUGAUCAAGAGAGACAAAUACAUACCCCACUCAAGCAGAUCUGAUCAUCCCACUGCCUUAACCAAAUACUGCACUUAUGUACGUCAAACCCGGACAAGCCUGUAUAUGCUAACGCCUUUGUUACCCAAGUGCUGUUGAUAUGUUGCUCUCUCAUUUGAUUUACAGCCCAACUCUUAAAAUAAAUGUUUGUCACAACCUGG